CACGAUAGCUCCCACGUAUGAAAAUCAUGGUAAACAUUCUAUGUCCAAUUUCUCAUUGAAAGCCUUGAUAGACCCCUUCUUCAGUACCGACAUUACUUGGAAAGCUCCUACUUAACUACAGGUCGGAUACAACUGCGAAAAUGGCAAACACCAAACCUUCCGACGACACCCCACUCACAUACGCCGCCUCUGGUGUUUCAAUCUCAUCGGGGAACGACCUUGUUCGCCUCAUCAAACCAAUUGUUGCGUCCACUGCUCAGCCUGGAACGACCUCGUCAAUUGGUGGCUUUGGCGGUGUCUUUUCUCUACACGAUGCAGGCUUUCCUGGCGCACCAACCCUCGUUUCCGGCAUCGAUGGCAUCGGCACCAAAGUCAAGAUUGCGUUUGCAUUGGGGAAGCACGAUACUGUGGGCAUUGACUUGGUAGCGAUGAACGUCAAUGACCUGGUGGUUCAAGGCGCGAGGCCUCUGUUCUUCCUCGAUUACUAUGCGUGUGGAGAACUGAAGGUUCAAGAUACCGUGGAAUUCGUCCGAGGUGUCGCUGAGGGAUGUCGUCAGUCAGGAGCGUCAUUGGUAGGAGGUGAGACGGCCGAAAUGCCGGGCGUUUACACCAAGGGUGAAUAUGAUGCUGCUGGCUGUGCCGUUGGUGCUCUGCCGCAUGGCGCUAAGGUCCUUCCCGACAUCAACUCCAUGAGAUCUGAGGAUGUGCUACUCGGUCUGGGUAGCAGCGGCUUGCACAGCAAUGGGUUCAGCUUGGUUCGCAAGAUUGUCGAAAGAGCUGGCUUGAAUUAUUCCGACCCCGCUCCCUGGGACCAAAGCACGACCGUGGGUGCGAGUCUACUAACGCCGACCAAAAUCUAUGUGAAAAGUCUACUGAAGGCCGUCGAUGCCGGGGCCAUCAAAGGCAUGGCGCAUAUCACCGGGGGCGGGCUUGUUGAAAACAUUCCGAGGAUGUUGCCAAAGACGCUGGAAGCAGUGGUCGAUGCCGCGUCGUACCCUGUCCCACCGGAGAUGCAAUGGCUGAAGAAGACUGGUCAGAUCGAGGAUACCGAGUUCGCAAGAGUCUGGAACACUGGCAUUGGCAUGGUACUCGUUGUGGACUCGAGCGAUGCCAAGAAGACGAUCAAAAUCUUGGAGGCCGAAGGCGAAAAGGUAUACACGGUCGGCCGCCUCGCAGACAGGACGUCACCCGACGGCUGUGUUGUCCAGAAUAUGUCAGCCUGGAGUUGAGCGCUGCCACCUGGCGUGCGUGGCCAAUACAAUAUGGCCCAUAUUACUGCAGAUGAUUUAAUUCAUGAGCUAGCAUGUACGUAUCAUCCUUUUCCGCUUGAGUGCGCUUUUGUCGAUGCAACGAACCGCAACAUCCUGUAUACUGCCGCUUGCCUAAAUCAAGCUUCCUCACAGAACAGCGCGCUCCAGGUACGUCUUGUGCUUUGGACGUUGCUGGUGGCAGUCAUGGUGCAGAUAUUAGUUUAUCUCUUGUUGCAAGAUUGGACAACGGACGGUCAUAGUGCGCAAGCUUUCCGGUCAUCACUGAUCUAGAAGUUUGAGCCUCCAAGAGUCCUACAUUUUCAACAAACUUCCUCCCACUUUGCUUAGUAACAAUUUGUUAUCUUGCUUCCUUUCUCUUCCUUGGGACAAGUCUGAGACCUUUCUGACUUUUG